CUUAUUUUGGGACAUCUCAUCGCGAUCAAAAAGCAAAUAUUUAAAAUCAUAAAAAAUAAAUCGUACACUAAGUAGAUUAAGUGAAAUUCAUCAGCUUUAAUAACUGAAAUACUUUAAUCCUCUGUCGCCUGCUUUCAAUCACGUGACUCAGUGACGCACGCGUGACCUCUGCGUACACGCGCACCACAAAGCAAUGGCUCAAAGUAGAGCUGAAGAUGAUUAUAGCGACAAACAGCCGAAACCGAAGCAGGAGGACUACGGCUACAGCUUAUACCCCGAGCGAACCGGCAGCAAGUACAAGCAGGGCUCGAUCGGAGAGAGUCUGUUCACCUUUAAGCACAAAUGUCACAUCAUGCUGCAGUUCGCCAUGGACACUAGUCCGUACGCUAAACUUCUGCUGGCGGCCAUGAGAACCUCCGGCUGUGCAGUUCAUAAAGACAGACAUUUCUCAUGUGAGGACUGUGACGGGACCGUCAGCGGCGGGUUCGAUGCCGCCACCUCUCAGAUCGUAUUGUGCCAGAACAACAUCCACCAGCAGGCUCACAUGAACCGCGUCGUCACGCACGAGCUCAUCCACGCCUUCGACCACUGCAGGGCUCGAGUCGACUGGUUCACCGACUUCAGACAUCUGGCCUGUUCAGAGAUCCGUGCCGCCAAUCUGAGCGGAGACUGUUCGUUUGUUAACGAGGUUUCCAGAUUUAACUUUGGCCUCAAAGAGCACCAUCAGGAGUGUGUGCGGAGCCGAGCGCUGCGCUCCAUUCUCGCCGUACGCAAGGUGAGCAGGGAGGAGGCGGAGCGAGUGGUUGACGAGGUGUUUGACAGCUGCUUCAGUGACCACGCCCCCUUCGGACGCAUCCCACACAGCAAGAAGGACGCCAAGUUCGCCUACAGGGAUUUUGAGAACCGGGACCGCUACUACGCAAACCUCUGAUGCUGCGGCAUUAAAUCUUCGUUGAUGCGAAGUCAAUCUCGCGGAAAGACUGAACUGAAGGAAGAGAGAAUAUCACUCCUCAGAUGAACAUGUUGUGCUGAAGGAAGUGUGUCAUGUAAUUAAAGCACAUGCUUGACUUUUUCAUUACUGUACUAAAGGUUUGACAAGAAAAACGUGAUUGUUGUUCUUCUGUAUCAGUUUGAAAGGGAUGGAAUUGUUUAUUGGUUGUAUAAAGUCAAAUCUGUCUUUGUCUAUCAGCUCAGGUUUCUCUGAUAUGAGACUGAAAACCAGGGCAACUGCCUCACAAUUAUAUGAUAGUUUCAAUUCAAAUAAUUAAAAAUGAAUUCAACAUUA